AUGUCUUUUGUUGCCGCUAUAGAUUCACCUACCAACAUAGCAACAUGGUCCAGGUGUGUAAUAUCCUUAGCUGCGAUACUGGAACAUAUCUGUUUCUCGAUUUUCCCUGACACCUUGGCUCUUCUGGCUAUCAAUUCGUCUCGAACGACACAUGGGGAAAUUGCCUUUACUGGCCCUUUUUUUCACGAUUAUGACUUCCAAACUGACUUAAUUCUUCCUGAAGGUUUUUCAACAACUACAUCAAGCAACUCCAAUCCAAAAUACUCAUUUGUAGUUGCAUCGAAGCACAUGUUGACGUUGUUUAAGAAUCUCGAGCCUAGUAACUUGAGCUACAUCUUCCUACGCGUCGAUUGCAACGAAAGUACACCUAUCGCACGUCGAAAUAAACUACUAGUCGAAAUUUUGACUAAGAAAUUAAUUGUCAAGAAAUAUCAGAUGAAUUACCUGCCUGUUGAACACAUGGGCACGGCAAUUGGUACUAGCUAUAAGACAGAAUUCGAGGAAGGGAAUGUCAAUUUUUUCAUGAUGGAAACGGCAAUCAUGAAACUGUUUUUUGAUAUGGUUCCUCUCGCAACAGAGGAUCUUUCGAUAGAUGUGAAGACUACUAAGAUACUGUUUGGCGCAUAUACAAAACAAGUUCUAAAAGACCGUGAGUACCUCAAACAACCCAUGCUGAUUACAAUCCUGAUGGCAGUGAAUGAGCUAAUGGAUUCGAAUUUGGGGCGAUGUAAGUCUCUCUGUCAAUUUUCGACUCAAAGAUUUCCGAACUUUUAUUGCGCUUUGUACGUCACUCAAAACAGAUGGUCGCUGUGA